AUGGAUUUCGAAAGCCUGAAAAGCCAGGUCAGCAACCUGACCCUCUACGACAUCAAGGCCGGGGUCCGAAAGGUCCAGAAUGCCGUGAUGAAUCUGACCGAGAUGGAGGCCAAGGUGCGAGAAGCCACGAACGGCGAUCCAUGGGGAGCGUCGGCAACCCUCAUGCAGGAGAUUGCCCAAGGCACACAUAACUACCAACAACUCAACGAGAUUAUGCCCAUGAUCUACAAACGAUUUACAGACAAAACCGCGGAGGAAUGGAGACAGAUUUACAAGGCUCUGCAACUGCUCGAGUUCCUCUGCAAGAACGGCUCAGAGCGAGUUAUCGACGAUGCGCGAUCACACCUCUCCCUCCUUCGGAUGCUUCGACAAUUCCACUACAUCGAUCAGAAUGGCAAGGAUCAGGGAAUCAACGUGCGGAAUAGAUCUGCUGAGUUGGUCAAGCUAUUGAGCGAUGUUGAUACUAUUCGUGCAGAAAGGAAGAAGGCACGCACCAACAAAAACAAAUACGGUGGUGUCGAGGGGGGGAUGGGCAUGAGUGGUGGUUUCUCCAGCGGUAGCCGAUAUGGUGGCUUCGGUAGCGAGACUGGUGGUUUCGGGGGUUAUCAGGGCGAAGUCUAUGGAGAUGGGGGUGGCUUUGGCGGCAGAGAAACCGAUUACUCUGGCACACAGCGGCGCGGUGACCAAUUUGAGGAGUAUGAUGAGGGUGAGGAUGUCGAACCCACGAGGCCCAGCAGAGCAAAUACAACCACACGGCCAGCAGCACCAACAACGGCCAAGCGAGAUCCCCCUAAACCAAAAGAGCCGGAGCAAGAUCUUUUUGAUCUGAUUGACGAACCUUCAACCACCCCCGCCGCUACAUCGACCGGGCUGGCAAAUCUUAGCAGUGCUACGAACGACGACGACGACUUCGACGACUUUCAGUCUGCGACGAGUCCCGCAGCUCAGCCGACAGCCAACACCCUGGCAAGUCUAGUGCCACCACCAACCACUUCCACUACGACAUCGGCAACACAGUUUGCUGCUCCAAAACCUGUCGCCCCUGGCCAGGCGGCAGGUCUCAGCAACAUCUUCACGACCGCCUCUCCUGCUCCAUCGGCCUCUUCCUCGAUAAUUUCACCAUCGACAUCGACCUUCUCUCCGCCACCUGUGCAGAAGCUUUCCCAGCCAGCUCAACCUGCCGCCUACAGGCCGACGGGUCCCAACUAUUUCACCUCCGUACCUGCUUCGUCCGGUGCUCAAACCACCUUCUCGGCUACCGCUUCAACUUCGCUGAGCGGUGGCGCGACACCUUCUUAUACGUCUUCACCCUCAAUGGCGGCAUUGGGUAAACCGGCCUCGAAACCGGCUUCGAGCACUUCCGGCGAUGCUUUUGGCAGCCUGUGGAGCACUGCCAGUAACAAGGCCGGGGUCAAGAGUACAGCUUCUUCGCAGAAGGGACCAGAUCUCGCGAGCAUGGCCAAAGCGAAGAGUCAGGCUGGCAUUUGGGGAGCCGCCUCAACGGCGACCUCGACUCCACGACCGAGAGCAACAGCACCAACACCCACAGCUGCAUCGAGUCAGGGAAAGCCACUGGGAAAUGGGCUGGAUGACUUGCUUGGAUGA